CCUCCUUGAGUCCUCCCGUCCCGUCUUCGCCCCUAAAUGUCCCAACCCCAACCGUUGCCGCAAUAAACCGAACACUUCCUACGCAUCCCAUCCUAUCCCUUCCAAUCCAAUCCCUAGCGGCCGAUUGAUCCGUCCAUCUUUACCACCGCCAUGAUGCCUCCUCCCAAUCUCCCCGAUUCCAUCUCCUCUUCUUCCUCCUCGUCGUCUUCGACCUCCGCAUCGGGCCCUUUUCUCGAGCCCCGCCGUCCCGCCGCCGCCUCUUCCCCUUCCGCCGCACCGGCGGAUUCCCUCGCCCCCAGCUCCCGCGACGUCAGCGGAGGCGACGCGGUCGCGGUGGAGCGGCGCGGCGACCACUCCGCUUCCUGCCGCUGGACCAUCCCGCACUUCCCCCGCGCCAAGGCCCGCGCGCUCUGGAGCCGCUACUUCGAGGUUGGCGGCUACGACUGCCGCCUCCUCGUCUACCCCCGCGGCGACUCGCAGGCGCUCCCCGGCUACCUCUCGCUGUACCUCCAGAUUGUCGACCCCCGCGGCGGCGGCUCCUCCUCCUCCGGGAAUAAGUGGGAUUGCUUCGCCAGUUACCGCCUCGCGGUGUACAACCACCUCGAUGACUCCAAAUCCGUCGCGCGGGACUCCUGGCAUCGGUUCUCCUCCAAGAAGAAGUCGCACGGCUGGUGCGACUUCGCUCCGUUCUCCGGCGUCCUCGACUCGAGAUCCGGGUUUCUCCUUCCGCACUCGGACUCCCUCGUCGUCACCGCUGACAUAUUGCUACUCCAUGAGACCGUCGCCUUCAGCCGUGACCAUGAGCCGCAGACCACCCCGGCUGACGUUCUCGGUGGCAAGUUCUCCUGGAAGGUCCACAACUUUAGCCUCUUCCUGGAGAUGAUCAAGGCGCAGAAGAUCAUGAGUCCUGUGUUUCCGGCAGGCGAUUGCAACCUCAGGAUCAGUGUGUACCAGAGUUCCGUUGCGGGGGUCGACCACCUCUCUAUGUGCCUCGAGAGCAAGGAUACCGAGAAGGCCGCCAAUAACAUUUCCGGCCCUGCUGCCCCUGCUCCCGAUCGCAGCUGCUGGUGCCUCUUCCGGAUGUCGGUCCUGAAUCAGCGGCCUGGGUUGAACCAUGUGCAUCGCGACUCCUAUGGGCGGUUUGCCUCGGACAAUAAAGGCGGUGACAACACCAGCUUGGGGUGGAACGAUUACAUGCGGAUGGAGGACUUCGUCAGGGAAGAUGCUGGGUUCCUCGUCGAUGAUACCGCCGUGUUCAAUACCUCCUUUCAUGUUAUCAGGGAGUCAAGCAGCUUCACAAAAAACUCUGGGCCUAUAGUAGGCAGCAGUGGAGGUAGGGGGGUGGCAAGAAAGUCUGAUGGGCAUUUCGGCAAGUUCACAUGGAGGAUAGAAAACUUCACAAGGCUUAAGGACCUGCUUAAGAAACGCAAGAUCACAGGGCUCUGCAUUAAGAGCAGGAAAUUCCAGAUUGGCAACAGGGACUGUCGUCUGAUUGUCUAUCCUAGGGGGCAGUCUCAACCACCUUGCCACCUCUCUGUAUUUCUGGAGGUCACAGAUUCCCGCAACACUAUAAGUGAUUGGAGUUGCUUUGUGAGUCAUCGAUUGUCAGUUGUUAAUCAGAAAAUGGAGGAGAAAUCUGUCACAAAGGAGUCACAGAAUCGCUACUCAAAGGCCGCAAAAGAUUGGGGUUGGCGUGAGUUUGUAACUUUGACUAGUCUCUUCGAUCAGGAUUCUGGCUUCCUUCUCCAGGAUACUGUUGUUUUCUCUGCUGAGGUUCUCAUACUGAAGGAGACUUCUAUAAUACAAGAAUUUGGUGACUCAGACACUGAGUCGACUAAUGUGCUUGCAACAUCUCAAGUUGAUGCUAUAUGCAAGAAAGGAUCAUUCACGUGGAGGGUGGAAAAUUUUUUGUCCUUUAAGGAGAUCAUGGAAACACGCAAGAUUUUUAGCAAAUUCUUUCAAGCUGGGGGUUGUGAACUCCGGAUAGGUGUCUAUGAGUCCUUCGACACUAUUUGUAUAUACUUGGAGAGUGAUCAGUCAUCUGGAAGUGACCCUGACAAAAAUUUUUGGGUUCAGUACAGAAUGGCUAUUGUAAACCAGAAAAAUCCUGCAAAAACUGUUUGGAAGGAGUCUUCAAUCUGCACAAAAACUUGGAACAAUUCUGUCCUGCAGUUCAUGAAGGUCACAGAUUUUCUGGAAUCAGAUGCAGGAUUCCUUGUCCGUGACACUGUUAUAUUCAUAUGUGAGAUCACUGAUUGCUGCCCCUGGUUUGAAUUUUCUGAUCUUGAGGUUUUGGCCUCAGAAGACGAGCAGGAUGCACUAUCAACGGACCCUGAUGAUCUUAUUGAGUCUGAAGAUAGUGAAUGCAUUAGUGGAGAUGAAGAAGACGUGUUCAGAAAUCUUCUUUCACGAGCAGGCUUCCAUCUGACAUAUGGAGACAAUCCCUCCCAACCCCAUGUUACAUUAAGGGAAAAGCUUCUCAUGGAUGCUGGUGCAAUUGCUGGAUUUCUGUCUGGUCUGCGUGUUUAUCUUGAUAACCCUGCUAAAGUCAAGCGCUUGCUUCUUCCUACCAAAAUAUUUUCAGGUGGCUGCAGCAAUAAGGAUGCUUCAAAGGGUGAUGCCAAUUCUCCAAGCCUGAUGAAUUUGUUGAUGGGGGUUAAAGUCUUGCAACAAGCUAUCAUUGACUUACUCCUAGACAUUAUGGUGGAGUGUUGCCAACCAUCAGAAGGGAGAACUGGGUAUGAUUCUUCUGAAGCAAGCUUAAAAAAUUCUCCUAGUUCUAAUGAAGCUAGCAGCCCACCAGAACCCAGCGGUGAUAGUGAAUUAUCAACAGAAUAUGCAACAUGUGACUUCUACGAGAGAUUGGGAUGUGAGGUUGAAGAAACCAGAACCACUUAUGCAGUACAAAGCUCAUUAUCGAAAACAUAUGAGAGACACAAAAGCAACCAGGACCAAUCCAUCUCUCCCCCUGAGACUUCUGCUGGGGAUCAACCAGCAGAUGAUGUAUUUAUUGAAGCUCCCAAGACAAAAUGGCCAGAGCAAUCAGAGGAGCUUUUGGGAUUGAUUGUUAAUUCACUGAACGCACUUGAUAGUGCUGUUCCUCAAGGAUGCCCUGAACCCCGGAGGCGUCCUCAAACAGUCCAGAAAAUUAUUCUUGUGCUUGAUAAAGCUCCAAAGCAUCUUCAGCCUGAUUUAAUUGCUCUUGUGCCCAAGCUGGUCGAUCCUUCUGAGCAUUCUAUUGCUGCUUAUGCACUUCUAGACCAUCUUCAGAAGCCAGAUGCUGACCCUUCGUUACAGUUACCGGUUUUUCGUGCUCUAUGUCAGUUGGAGUUUGGAAGUGAGUUAGUGGAACAUAUCCUAUAUCAGGCUUUUGAGCUGUUGACUGACUCUAAUAAUGAACCUCUUGUAGCAGCAAUGGGUUUUAUUUUUAAAGCUGCGUUGCAAUGCCAGCAUCUUCCGCAAGCUGUCAAAGCAUUCCGUUUGAGGUUAAAAGGCCUUGGUACUGAAGUUCCACAAUGUGUGCUAGAUUUUAUGGCACAACAGGUGCAUAAUAAUGUUGACAUAGCUGAAGCCAUUUUAAGUGGCAUCAAUUCUGAUAGUGAGUUUGAUGAUAGUUGCAUGACAUCUUGUAGUUCUUAUUCCUUUGGGGAAAAUGGCAUUUCCUGCGAUGAGCAUGUGGGGAAUGAUCAGGUUGUUCAUGGAUGUCAUCAUCACACCGAUGUUUACAUUUUGGUAGAGAUGUUAUCCAUACCUGGAUUGUUUGUAGAAGUUUCACAAGUUUUUGAAAGAGCUUUAACUCGAGGAGCCAUUGGGUUGCAAUCAGUUGCUCUGGUGUUAGAAAGGCGCCACUCUCAGAGGUUGAAUACCAAAUCUAGGUCUGUUGUGGAUGAUUCACAGAACAGGCAAGACUUUGUAGAUGCAAACUUAAAUUCAUUGCCUGUCCAAGAAGAUGACUUCACAUCAGUUCUUUCUCUCGGUGAAGUAUUAUCGCUUUCCACUGAUACAAGAGUUCAGGAUUUUGUGAGAAUGCUUUAUGCUAUCAUGUUUAAGAUUUAUUCUGAGGAGCAUUACCGAUUUAGGAUGUUGAAGGGGCUUGUAGAACGCUCAACAAAUAUGUCAAAUAGUUGCCAUGCAGUUGAUAUAGAUAUGGAUGUCUUGAUAUUUCUUGUUAGGGAGGAAGAUGGAAUAGCCCGACCAGUUUUGAAUAUGUUGCGUGAAGUUGCCCAAGUUGCCCAAGUUAACCGUGCCAACCUUUGGCAUCAGAUAUGUGCUGUUGAGGAUGAAAAUAUUCAUCUUCGGGAGGAAAGACAGGAUGAAAUUGUUAACUUUACUAAUGAAAAGGCUUCUUUGUUGCAAAAGAUAAAUGAAUUAGAGGCAACUAAUAAUUGUCUUAAGGCUGAGUUGAAAAGAGAGUUGGAGCAUUUUUCCCGUGAAAGGAAGGAACUAACCGAGCAGCUGUUGGAAGUUGAGAACCAAUUAGAAUGGCUUCGAUCUGAGAAAGAUGAGGAAAUUGCAAAGCUCUCGGCUGACAGGAGAGUUCUUCAGGAUCGCCUUCAUGAUGCAGAGACGCAACUGUCACUACUAAAAACGAGGAAGCGUGAUGAGUUAAAGAGAGUAGUCAAAGAGAAGAAUGCUCUUGCUGAAAGGUUAAAAAGUGCAGAAGCUGCACGUAAAAAAUUUGAUGAAGAAUUGAAGCGUUAUGCUACAGAGACAGUGACAAGGGAGGAAGUCAGGCAAUCACUUGAAAAUGAAGUGAGGAGAUUAACAGAAACUGUUGGACAAACUGAGGGAGAGAAAAGGGAGAAAGAAGAGCAGGUUGCACGCUGUGAAGCAUAUAUUGAUGGGAUGGAAGCAAAGCUGCAAGCAUGCCAGCAAUAUAUACACACACUUGAAGGUUCCCUACAGGAAGAAAUGUCGCGCCAUGCUCCACUUUAUGGUGUAGGCCUGGAAACCUUGUCGAUGAAAGAACUUGAGACACUUACUCGCAUUCACGAAGAAGGGCUCAGGCAGAUCCAUGCCACUCAACAGAUGAAAACUAAUGGCCAUUCUUUGGCUGCUGGGCAUCCCCUUACACAAGUGCAUGGCUUGUAUUCUUCAGCUCCUCCCGCGCCCAUCGGUAUUCCUCCAUCCAUAAUCUCAAAUGGAGUAGGAAGCCAUGGGAAUGGGCAUAUCAAUGGGAGUGUGGCGCCCUGGUAUGGUCCCAGCUAAGAAGCAAAAGACAUCUUUAUUUCGCUGUGAGCACGGAUGCCGUUCUGUGUCACCUUGUUCUACCUACCAGGUGUCAAAUAUUUGGUAUAUGAUAGCUUUUUCUCAAAAGCCCCCUCAAUUUACCUUUUCAUUUGAAUUGGUAGAACUAUCGGAUCAUACCUGAUAUGAGUAUGCGCUAUCCUGUAUAAAUAAGAACAGAAGCAAUCCUUACGAGAAUAGUUUUGUAAUGAUUCGAAGCAAAAGAAAAUCCAAUCCGAUGGAGCUAGCAGUUACAAAUGAAAUCUUUUUGUGCAUUUGGUGUCGCCA